CGCGUGGUGUUUUCAUUUGUGGGGUUAUUUUUCACAAUAUUCUUAUCUGGCCUGGACCAAACCAUCACAUCGACAAUAUUAACCAGAAUAGCCAACGACUUCCGCGCCCUCAAUCGCAUCGAAUGGGUGCCAACCAUAUUCAUGCUAUGCUCAACAUGUCUCAACGUGGUCAGCGGCCGCGUGGCCGAUAUAUUUGGUAGAUUCACCGUCCUAAUGUUUUCGCUUUUGGCGUUUAUCACUGGGGCGGUACUCGCUGCGUCGUCGCAAAGCAUUGUGGUGUUUAUUGUUGCUCGCGGAAUUUCUGGAAUCGCCUGCGGCGGAAUGCUCAAUCUGUCUAUUAUUAUUAUUUCGGAUAUCGUGCCUAUUGAGAGGCGUGGCAGAUACUUGGGGUUUUUGCAAAUCUGCUUUGGCGCAUCUAAUGCCGCUGGACCCUUGGUGGGCGGAUUACUGGCAGACAGGUUUAAUUGGCGCGCGGCGUUCUUCGCCGACAUGAUCAUGGGCGCAAUCACAGUGGUAUACCUGGCAGUGGUCCUGAAGCUGCCAAAGUCCCAGAUCCAGUGGAAGGAGGGUAUUCGGACCUUGGACUAUGCCGGCACAGGCACCAUUGUCACCAGUAUCUCCCUCCUGAUUGUCGGGCUGAAUCUCGGCGGCACUAUCCAGUCAUGGGGAUCCCCGGUGACCCUCGGCUGCCUAAUCUCCGGCUGCCUCCUCCUGUGCGUCUUCGUCGGCGUCGAACUUCGCCUGCCGCGCAUACCCCUGGUACCCAUGUGGAUCUUCACCGUGCGCAACCUCGUCAUUACCUUUCUCGUAACAUUUCUCUGUGGCAUGGCCAUGUUUUCGAUCAUUUUCUACAUGCCCCUGUACUUUUCUGCAGUCUUUGGUGCCAACGCCAUGCGCGCUGGGCUCCUUGUCCUUCCCUUCGGCAUGUCCCUAAGCAUUUCUUCGUUUAUCAGCGGUUACUUUAUGUCAGCCAUGUCCCGGUACCGCUUAUUUCUGCGCCUUGGCCCUGCCACAAUGGCCCUCGGCAUCCUGGUCCUGGCCCUUCUCAGUGGCCGCACAACCAUGGGGGUUCAAUCCACUCUUCUUGUUAUUCCUGGAAUCGGAAUGGGCAACGUUAUUGUCGCCAACAUCAUUGCCGCCCAAGCAUCCACUGAUCCACAGCUCGUUGCGGUCAUCACCCCUCUGUGCGAAUUCUUCCUCAGCAUCGGCGGUGUCAUUGGUGUUGCUGUUUUCGGCGCAGUGUAUCGCAACCAAUUGUCCCACAUUUUGACUGUAAAUUCCUUGGGCCAGUCCCUGGACGUUAUUGAGUUGAUU